UUUUAACUUUUCAUCUUCCCACAGGUUAUGGCAAAUUUAACAUAUUCGUAAUGCUCUUUUCUGGCGUCGUGCUAAACAAUGUGGUGCUCGAAUCGGUGGGCGUUAGCUUUGCACUGCCCGUCUUAGAGUGUGAUCUGAAUCUAUCGCAUCGAGAGCAGGGCAUAUUAGGCGCAGUAGCCUUCGCCGGUAUCAUUACGAGUUCACACUUUUGGGGGUUUCUAGCCGAUACCACUGGUCGCAAGCGGAUAAUGCAACCGGAAUUACUUGUGAACUUUUUUAUAACGGCACUCUCAAGUUUGUCGCCAAAUUUUAUAACCUUUGCUGUGCUGCGAUUUUUAAAUGCCAUACUGUGA